AUGCAGACACACGCUCUCUUCGCCGCAUCUGGCGCGGGAGCAAGGGACUUCCCAGGUGACUUUGAGGCUCAAUGGACUCGUCUUGUCAAGGACUAUCGCACUGAGAGCCUGACUUAUGAGACAGAUAGGGCUAUCGCCUUUGCGGGUAUCGCCAGAGCGAUCCAAGGGCAGACCAACAUGACGUAUCUCGCUGGGAUCUGGAAAGAAUUUGCAGAAUUUGAACUUCUCUGGAUUGAGUCACGCUUAGCGACCGAUUCAGUUGGCUUCUCGAUUUGCACAUCGAUGGCCAUGGAAUCUCGGUUUGUCGUCUAUAAACCUCAAGUACUAUCCUGGCAUCAUCCUCACGGUCCAGAAGCGCCGUUUCACAAGUUUGAAGGGAUGAGGUUGGUACUCAGAGCCCGAAAGGUUGCGAGGAAACUGGAGUGGGCUGUAAAUGACAUCAGGCUGUCCUCUAACGAAGACCAUCCCUUCCAAGACUGCGGAAAACUAGGGCUGAAGCACUCCAUGUCCUAUUUCCACGACGAUGGCUCUAUCCUACCAGGCUCUCAGCUUCCGACUAACUCGGCCAUGGUUUUAACCAUACUCACGGCGUCCAGAAGUGGCGGAAAUACGAUCAAGGAAUAUCAGACACCUAUUACGCGGGAGGAUGACCGUGAUGAGAACGUUGAGACGCAGUGGAAUUAUGCAGGCUUCACUGAGGCUUUUUUCCCUUAUCCAACAGUCUCAGACACGGCAGUGUCUCUCCCAAUGGAACACUCAACAUCGGCUCAAAACUUCGAAGAGAGUCAUACAUCAUCAUGGCAUCUCAUAUCUAGAGUCGUCGUGGACCUAGAGGACACGUAUAUCCCCUCAGCAAACCCGGAGCAUGAGUCUCCUGCGAAAAGGCUCAUCAUCGUUGGCGACGUUCACGGUCACCUCUCAGAACUCAAGAAGUUACUCGAAAAAGUCAAAUUUGACAGAGGCAAUGGCGAUCAUCUCAUCUUUGUCGGCGACUUGGUCAACAAGGGUCCCGACAGUGCAGGGGUUGUCCAACUGGCCAUGGAUCUGGGCGCCAGUGCCGUGAGGGGGAACAACGAGGACAGGGUUCUCGCGGCUCAUGCGGCUUUGAAGAGGGACCCGACUUUGAAGAUUGUGACUAAAAAGCCCGUCGAAGAGGCAACGUCUGGUGAGAAGACUGCUUCACCUGCGAAGGAGGAAAUUUCUACCCAGCCUCACGAUCCCCAAAGCCUCAAGAGGUACAGCGCCGACAAGGACUUUGCAACAGUGGCUUUGUUGACCGAGGAGCAUAUCUCUUGGCUAUCCUCCCUGCCAUUGAUCCUCCGCAUCCCUUUGAAUGGCGGUGUCACCGCGCCGUGGAAUGCUGGAACACUCCUCAUCGCGCAUGCUGGUCUGGUGCCGUUUGUACCACUGGAGGAACAAGACCACUGGGCGGUUAUGAAUAUGCGUGGACUUGUGUACCCCGACUCGGGCGCUGACGUGGAAGAGAUUCGAACUGAUGUGCUCAAGGGAGUUCGGUCUCGCAUCCGCAGACAGAUUGCCCUGCGGGAGACAACGGGUGAGGCCAUCAAGGCCGAAUGGAAGAAGCUAGAUGAAUCACUCGACGAAGGACGCGGGUACAGUGGUCAUUAUCGAGAUGGACUCGUCGGGUGGCCCCUCGAGAGUCGUGAGGGCGAUUGGUGGUGCGUCGCUUGGAGCCGAGCCCAAAACUCGAUCCAAGCUCCCCAAGAAAGGAGUAUCGUUGUGUACGGCCAUGACGCCAAGGUUGGGCUUCAGGUUGAGCCCGAGAUAGAUAUUCAAGUCAAGGCAGCUAAAGGAGGCGAGAUGGUCAAGGGACAACGGUAUGCGUUUGGACUUGACUCGGGGUGUGUGUACGGGAACCAGCUUUCGGCCAUGGUUGUUGAGAGGAGUUCUAACGGAGGAUUGUCACAUUCGAUAGUUCAGGUAGAUUGCAUAAAGGAGGACAAAGAGGAAUAG